AUGGCGCGCUUGCUGGUGCUGGCAAUUGUGCAGCUUGUGGUGGUGUGUGUGGCGGGAUCCGGGCACUCGUGGGAGCCCGUUGAUGAAGAUAUUGACAUCAUGGCCCUGAUCGAUGACGAGCCGGAAGGAAUUGCAAUGAUCCAGCGAGAUGCGCGGCUGACAGCUGCUGCGGCUGCGGGCUGCGGUGACGACAACUGCCCCGAGGCAGGCAUGCGAGAUUCUGAGUACUCCAUGUGUCAUCCAGAGGCCACGGGCAGCCCAGUGGACGUUCGCGGCAUCGUUUUUGCUCGCUGCUUCAGGCAGAUGCCUACUCUCAUGGCAGCCUCGAGCACGAGCGCAGCAGACACGGUCGCAGGCGACGCAACGGGGCUUCUGCUCAUAGAGCACUUGAAUUUGAACGUGCUGAGUACGCAAGUCGCCCUGGAGUUCUACGAGGCACUUGGAUGCUGCCGAGACGCGAGACGACCGAUGAACAAAACCUUGCACAGUAACUGUGGCUCUUUGACGCAAUUUCACACACCGUCCCCGGAGAAUGAAGCCUACAUCGCAGGCGAUGGUGCUCAGACUUGGCGUGGUCAUGUGGAGUUAUUGUACGAUAGCCUCGAUUCACUUCAAGCAGCGGCCACGCGCGUGGCACAAUUACGUGAAAAGGCCGAGUUUCAAGGAACGAGCUUGGCCGUUGGCGAUUGGAAUGACGAGCAACAGGGGCUGUGGGCAAGCGACGCAUACGGCAACAAGUUUGCCCUGCGCGUGGCCUCGAAUGGGGUGGCUGCGGCAAUGAGUGUUGGGAUCCGACCAGGCACAGAGGACUGCAAGGUCCUUGGCAUCGGCUCCGUGACUUUGCAGGUACCCCCUGGCACAGCUGAACGUGGAGCCAAGUUUUAUGCUGAGCUUCUGGGCUUCUCCAUGACAAGAGAGCCCGGUGCUUGGGCCCUCUUGGGCGGCCCCCAGUCGGCUCAGCGCCUGCGCUUGGAGGAACAUGCCGGCUGCAGCGGACAAGAGCUGGGGGAGCACCUGGCCAUCUACAUACAAGAUUUCGAUGCGUGUUUCGAGCGCUUGCUCCAGCGAGGUCUUAUCUGGGUGAAUCCUCGGUUUGUCCAUCUCGACAAGUCCACGAACCUGGACGAGGCACGGAAAUACAACUGCUUCCGCUUUAAAGACAUCGUGGAUUUGGAAACCGGCGAGAAGCUCUUCGAGCUUGAGCACGAGGUGCGCUCCACGGGCCACAAGAGUUGUCCAUUGAGAACAGUGAGCUAG